ACACGGCAGCGGAGCAUCGGCGCGGCAGGAACGCCUCCACACGUCCCUCGCACCAGACCCAGUCUCCUCAAUCCUUUUUUUCCCCCCACAUAGAUAUAUCUUUAUCAUUAAUUUCUUUUUUUCCGGAUUUUGUUGUUGGCAUCGUGGUGGGAAACGACUAGAAUCCGCCUGGAACCACCACGGAGUCCCGCUCCCCGGGCGCAAAGUGUGCAUCGUGGCUCUUUCACGAGUGGCAUGUUGCAGGGACACUGCUGGCGCAAUUGAACUCCUGCUUUCACCCGGAGAGGAUUCAAUGAAAAUGUCCGUGUGCGUCCAUGAGAACCGAAAGUCGCGGGUCAGCACCGGCUCCAUGAAUAUCUAUCUUUUCCACAAGUCGUCCUACGCAGACAGCGUCCUCAUGCACCUCAACUCGCUGCGGCAGCAAAGACUUUUCACGGACGUUCUGCUGCACGCGGGCACCCGCUCCUUUCCCUGCCAUCGUGCCGUGCUGGCGGCCUGCAGCCGCUACUUCGAGGCCAUGUUCAGCGGCGGUCUGAGGGAGAGUCAGGCCAGAGAGGUCAACUUCCGAGACUCGAUCCAUCCGGAGGUUUUGGAGCUCCUGCUGGAUUACGCAUACUCGUCGCGCGUGGUUAUCAACGAGGAGAACGCAGAGUCGCUGCUGGAAGCUGGGGACAUGCUGGAGUUUCAGGACAUCCGUGAUGCCUGUGCCGAGUUCUUGGAGAGAAACCUUCACCCGACCAACUGCCUUGGCAUGCUGUUGCUGUCUGACGCCCACCAGUGUACCAAGCUGUCAGAGCUCUCCUGGGGCAUGUGUCUAAGCAAUUUCCCUGCUAUCUGCAAGACAGAAGACUUCCUCCAACUGCCCAAAGAUAUGGUGGUGCAGCUUUUGUCACACGAGGAGCUAGAGACAGAAGAUGAGAGACUGGUUUAUGACGCUGCUCUGAACUGGAUCAACUACGACCUGGAAAGGAGACACUCCCAUCUACCAGAGCUCCUGAGAACAGUCCGCCUCGCCCUGCUUCCUGCUAUCUUUUUGAUGGAGAACGUUUCAACAGAGGAGCUGAUCAACGCCCAAGCUAAGAGCAAGGAACUGGUAGAUGAAGCUAUUCGCUGUAAGCUGAAGAUCUUGCAGAAUGAUGGUGUCGUUAACAGCCCGUGUGCUCGACCCCGAAAAACCAGUCAUGCCCUCUUCCUUCUCGGCGGGCAGACUUUCAUGUGUGACAAGCUGUACUUGGUGGACCAGAAGGCCAAAGAGAUCAUCCCAAAAGCAGACAUUCCCAGUCCCAGGAAGGAAUUCAGCGCAUGUGCUAUUGGCUGUAAGGUGUACAUCACCGGGGGAAGAGGGUCAGAGAAUGGUGUGUCCAAAGAUGUAUGGGUCUAUGAUACGGUCCACGAAGAAUGGUCAAAGGCAGCGCCCAUGCUCAUCGCCAGGUUCGGCCACGGCUCCGCGGAGCUGAAGCACUGCCUCUACGUCGUAGGAGGGCACACUGCUGCAACCGGCUGCCUCCCGGCUUCUCCGUCUGUGUCGCUCAAACAGGUGGAGCAGUUCGAUCCAGUGGCAAACAAGUGGACCAUGGUGGCUCCGCUGAGAGAAGGUGUGAGUAACGCAGCAGUGGUCAGCGUGAAGCUCAAGCUGUUUGCCUUCGGAGGAACUAGCGUCACCCACGACAAAUUGCCCAAGGUGCAGUGCUACGACCCGCAGGAGAACCGCUGGACUGUGCCGGCGUCCUGCCCCCAACCUUGGCGCUACACGGCCGCUGCCGUCCUGGGAAACCAGAUAUUUGUCAUGGGUGGAGAUACAGAAUUCUCAGCAUGCUCAGCUUACAAGUUCAGCAGCGAGAACUACCAGUGGACUAAAGUGGGUGACGUGACGGCGAAGCGGAUGAGCUGCCAGGCUGUGGCUUCAGGAAACAAACUGUAUGUGGUGGGCGGGUACUUUGGCACGCAGCGGUGUAAAACUCUAGACUGCUACGACCCCACACUUGAUGCGUGGAACAGCAUCACUACUGUGCCCUAUUCUCUCAUUCCCACCGCUUUCGUCAGCACCUGGAAACAUCUACCGGCUUGAAUCCCAAACUAUCAGCACCCUCUCCAUUUGAUUUCCCUGUUUUGCAUCAUCUACCAGUCUCCCAGCUGUGAAGAAGCACAAAUUCUCUUCCUCCAAAAGAGACGCCGAGCAGUUGAUGUACAGACGCCCGCGUUCAUUUCAAUGUUGCAAAGAUGCAGAAGCAAAAAAAACAAAACAAAAAACAACCAACAGCUGGACAGUUCCUGAGAUGGAAGCUGAGAUGUAAACUACGACGCAAACAAACCAAACUGCUGCUUGUUCUGAGGCGCAACCUCCGACCUUGUGUGCACCCUGUUCUUUCAUGCUGCCAUAGGAGCACUGCAAACAUAUCACAGAAAUCCUGCGAUUUUUCUUAUUUAGCCGUGCCAGCCUUGUGAAAAUCUGUGUUUAUGUCUUUCUCUAUGACAAAAAUAUAAAAAAUAUAGCAUGAUGGAUGUUCUGUUUGGACUGAAGCAGGGGGGGAGGAGGAAGGAGAUCAGUGUGCUGAAGAACGAAAUCAGCUCAGUUUGACUGAAUGUCUAUAAUUUAUUAAAAAGGCACAAUGAAGGAGCAAACUAUAGAGCCAAAUCAAGGUCAAAAGUUUUGCUAAUUUGAAAAUAAAAUUUGAACCUGAAAAUUCUUUUUUUCAGUUUCAAAUCUUUUUAUUUCAG